CAAUAAUGAGAAAGGGCAAAGCCUCGAAGAAAGAAGGAAUGUCAAAAAAAUAUGUCGAGUGAUAGAGAUAACCCUCUUGGUUUAUGUUGUCUCGUAACUGACUUUCCUGCCAAAACAUCGAAACUAUUUGUUGCUGUCCUGUUCUUAUAUUCUUCAUUUGUUUGCCGAUUUGCUUUUGAAAAUAAAGUUUGUUUGGGAACGGCUAUUGGCAGUAAUAACAAUGAAGCUGACACAAUCGAUGAUACAAGUAACACAGAGGAUCGUAGUGAGGAUGACAAUGAUCCCUUGAAUGCUGGAACAUCCGAAUCAAUUUUAAUCAGUGAUAACGAUAUUACCAUUCUUAUCGCUCCCGGUAAAGGGGGAAUUCCGAUCUCUAUUGUUAAAGACAAGGAUAGUGAUUUCCUGUCAUUUCCAAAAGUAUAUUACGGUCAAAAGCUUGAAGGAUGGGAAUAUAUUUCCUAUAGUUCUUUGACGAAAUCUGUUCCUGAAAAUUUGAUAGACGAGCUGCCAUGGGUCCUGACUUGGUCCUGUGCCAUGAUUGAAAAGUUCUGUUUACCAAAUUGA